GGGGUGCAUGAGCGCCUGGGUUGUCUGCUGGAGCACGUGAGCAUUCCUGACAAUCGGUCAGCUGCAAUCGGUAUGCGGUUGUCUCUGUAUACAAAGCGUGCUACCCAGAAUCCUUUAUCAGAUUCGUGAAGUUGAAAGCCACGCGUUUAGGCACAGUCGAUGCCGGAGGAAGCAGUCGUCUAAAAAUGCUUGCACGGUCAAACGGUUGGUGUUUGGAGGGCGGAGGUAACACGAUGCAAUGAAAUGGGCUACAAAUAUGUAAAUCAUAAUAGACAUACGUGCAGCUUGCAGGGGCUUCGGCUUUUCGCUGUACUAACGAAUGCAAGUCGAGGGAGGGUAUGCUUGAGAGGGAUUUCCAAGCGCAAGUAGCAUACUCGCCCUCCAGGUAGAACAUUAGCGUACUUCAGGGCAACUUGCCCUUUUUCCGUAGUGUUGGCUUUGAGGGCGGACUCCUUUCGGGAAAAUGAGGUCCAGUGUCUCCCUCUUCCGGACCCUGGGCAAGGGCCUGGGGCUCUGCGCUGAUGCUUCCAGCAGCCGUGUGGCGCAGCAGGCUGUGCCGGCCCUCUCGGCUGCGAUGUCGAGCACCGCUUCGGAGGCUGAGUCCAGCAAGGGGGCUCACUACGCUGCCGCUCUGGGAGGUAUUGUUGCUGGUAUCUUCGGGGCGUCUUGCGUGGCCUCUGCCAACGAGGUCGGCGACGGCCUGCACGCGCCCCACUACCACUGGUCCCACGAUGGCGUGCUGGAUUCCUAUGACCACGCCUCUAUCCGCCGUGGCCACAAGGUUUACCAGCAGGUGUGCGCGGCGUGCCACUCCAUGCAGUACCUGCACUGGCGCCAGCUAGUGGGUGUGUGCUACACGGAGGAGGAGGCCAAGGAGCUGGCCGCGGAGACUGAGGUUGAGGACGGCCCCAACGAUGAGGGUGAGAUGUUCACCCGCGAGGGCCGCCUGUUCGAUGCCUUCCCCUCGCCGUACGCCAACGAGGCGUCUGCUCGUUUCGCCAACGGCGGUGCCUACCCCCCCGACCUGACCCUCAUUUCGGGCGGCCGUCACGAUGGCCCCAACUACAUCUUCUCGCUCCUGACCGGCUACCGUGACCCCCCGGCCGGCAUCUCGGUGCGCGAGGGCCUGUACUACAACCCGUACUUCCCCGGCGGCGCUAUUGCCAUGCCUAAGAUGCUGGUGGACGGCGGUGUCGAGUACGACGAUGGCACGCCCGCCAACGCCUCUCAGCAGGCCAAGGAUGUGACCACCUUCCUGGCCUGGAGCAGCUACCCCUACCAGGACGAGAUGCGCGUGAUGGGCAUUAAGGCCUGCCUGAUGAUCUCCAUCCUCAUCGCCUUCGCCUCCUACUCCAAGCGCCUGCGCUGGGCGCCCAUCAAGUCGCAGCGCCUGGUCAUGGAUGUGGUCAACUAAACCACACGGGCUGCUGCUGAAACCUUCGGCUUAUACCUGGGAGGGAGGGAGUGUGCGUGUGUUUGGUGGUUGUUUAAGGAGCGACGGCGGCAGCGGUGGAGUCGGUGAAGGGCCUAUGCGUCACUCUGCAAAGGUCGUUUAGGGGAGCUUAACAGUUCUGUUUUGGAUUUUUGUCCUCAAGCUUUAGGACGUUGAGGACGAGCGGCGCAGCACGGAGCCUUCCGUACGGAUUCUGUGCUGGCGGCUGGUAUCAGUUCUGCGGACAUGGAAAGAGCAUUACCUGUUUCCUAACGUGGGCUCGCUUUUUCGAAAAAGCAUGUAGUCGUGUGUGUUGCAUGUGGCUUGGCAGCUUGUGCAGCGGCACGAGGUGUGAUGUAGGCGGGACGUGUGUGCGGCUAUGGUCGACAGUAUUUCAGCGUGAGCUACGGACGACUUGCGCGACUGCACGUGAUUGCUCCUUUGCAAGGGGCUUGCUUGACCUCACGCUGUGAUACUUGUAAUACACGGCUUCGCUGCUUUUCGGCCCCUGUCCGGCAUCUCUUACCCAACAUGACUGGUACUGCAUGGGGGUGCAGCGCAUGGGCAAGAGAAACACGGAUAAGAAGUUGACCUAGCUUGGGUAUGAGUAUAUUGAGACGCAUUUUGGAAGUGUGCGUGUCGAGCCAUCGGGGUCGACGUUUCCUGUCGUACGUGCGCAGUCCACGUCAGCUUCGCAUGCAUUGUACAUUAGGCUUUUUACUGUCUGGACUAUUCAUCAGGCGCUAGCGACUGUAUUAUUGGAAAGAGUUUUCUUAGGUGUUGCAUACCUCUACACCAAAUUUGCUCCAUUAUCGGGCCAACAGACGCUAUUAACACGCAGAUCACGGGCAGAAGGCGAUUGGGAAGAUGGCAACCAUCCGGUGCUCCAUUAACCUUCAACACAAGGCGGGGUUCCGGCAAUGCCGAGCUGUCCCGGCGCGACGAGGUACCUGUGUUAGGCCUUUGGCUUCAGCAGAGCCACGGCCACAGCAGGCGUCUGCCACGGAAGAGCUCCAGUACAGCCGUCUUUUGCUUACAAUUCUGGACGCUAAUCCAUUCCUAAGCGACGGAUCUCGCACGGCCGUGGCCACCACCGCGCUUCUGGCUCGGCAGUAUCAGUCCAAGGUGACAGUACUAGUAGUGGAUGAGCCAGGAACUGACAACACGGACCCCACCCGGCGGCUGGAGAGCAUCUCCUGGCACCUGCGCGAGCGCGGCUGCCAGGACUUUGACCUGGUGGAGAAGGCCAUCACCUCGCCCGCCUCCGUGCUUGUCGGCGACUUUGCUGACGAGAUCUCCGCCGAGCUGGUGGUGCUGAGCAGCGAGGCGGUGCACGCCAAGCACGUGGACGCCAACCAGCUGGCGGAGUUCGUGAGCUGCCCGGUGCUGCUGCUGCCGUGAGCUGCCCGGUGCGGUGCGGUUGGAGCAGCCGUGAGGGUGGAGCAGCCGUGAGGGUGGAGCAGCCGUGUGAGCUGCUGGGGCAGUGCAGCAGUGGAGGAACGGGGGCUGCCGUGCGAGCAGUCAGGGGAGGGGGCGCAGGAGCGGAGGAGGGGCAUGCUGGCGGAAGUACCAACCCAAGUGGGCUGCUGUAGUUGCUGCAAUAACCUGGCGGAAGGGGAUGCGUUUUGAGGAGCGGCCAUCUAGGGACGCAGGUAGAGCAGAGGGCGCGGUAUGUGAAAGCGUUGUGUGUAUGUGUGUCGAGCGGAGGCGUGGUUGAGUGGGGGAGCACCCUUGGUCGGGCGGAGGGAGCGCAUGGGGCAGGAAUAGGAGUGAUGGACAGGCCGUGCAGGGUGUUUCGGAGGCGGCAUUAACGCGACAGGACAUCCAACGCUUUCCAGGUUGCUGCCAUGCACCCUUACGUGUGCCCCACCGCUCCAUGCGGGACGCACGUUGCGGUGACGCCGUGUUGCUGCGUUGUUCGUGUGCCAUCUGUGUUGGCAACCCGGCAUUCGGGGCGGUGCUAUUGAGUUGCACUUGCGUUGCAGUCGCUUGCAAAGGUGUCAUGUGGUUGCCCCGGCGUGAUGCAAGAUUAAAUGCAAGUUGCUUUUGUUUCCUGCACUCUUACGUGGGUUUUGGGGUCCGCCUGGUCGUGUUCAGCCAGUUGAACCGCAGCCCCGGCUGCCCGGCGUGGUGUGUGGCAGGAGCACCAGGGGAGGUGCUCCUGACGGCAAGCAGGUGGAUGCAUGGUAAGUGUUUACUCGGUCUACAGGGCCCCGUUGAGGCCUACCUGUGCUGAGGUGGCUUGGUGGUUGGCAAAACUGCAUGUGAGCGCUCUGAUGCUUGUAGGCAAGGAAGCACGUAGCCCGGCCCGGCCCCCCUCCAGGCACCCGGAGGGCUUCCUGUAUGCCCUACAUCCGAUGGGUGCUACUGUCAAUCAUCACCUCCAAUCUUGCCCCCUAGCUGAAGCCGCAUGCAUGCCAGCAAGCGUGCGGCCAAAGCGAACAGUUGGGUGGCAUGUGGCCGUGGAGAGGAGGUUAAUGGUCUAGGAAGAGCUGCAUGCAUGCACCUCGCCCCAGCAUGCACCUAGCGAAAGCCAAUGCCCAACUGUUAGGUCAGCAGCCGCAGCUGGCCGCGGUGGCCGGCAUUACCUGCCGCACCACUAGGCAUACCGUGUGGAGAACCCUUCAGGCAUGGGCUUGAAGAGCUGCUUGCGUCGGGUGACAUGACACGUAUCCGUUGUGAACCGCCUUUACAGAGCAAAGUGGACGUUGCUUUUCGGAUCGUUUCCGGCGACAUAGGUUAAUCAUGUAGAAAGCACCAUAGGCUUGAACACGUGGAAAGUGAGGUCUGUGCAGGGCAUAUUGAAGCAGUAUAGUUCGUUACGCCGGCGCACAUUAAGUACUUCCGAUGGAAACCUGUCACACCUACAGCGGGUGUUCGCGCGAAAGGCGAAUGCUUACGACGUAUAACUGACGCACGAUGCGGAAGCAACCUCGUAGCAAGCUGGUUGCCCGGUCGUAUGCAAACGGGGUGUAUGAUGAGGUUUGACUUUGGCAAACGUUCUGAGCGCGUCGCGUACGCAUAACUUAUCGUCUUAUCCUACCUAUCGUAGCGCCAGCUGCGCUUGCAGGCCUUGUCGGAAUCAUAACAAGACAACGCUUUGUGUUAAUGUAAC